AUGCGUAAUGUUGUAGCUGCCAAGCCGUCGCCCGGUGGAUCUGCUGCUAGUCCAGCAGCCGCAGCUGCCAACGCAGCCGUCGCCACCAGUGCCGUACCUCUCUUCGUACACCUGACGGAGCUGGACUUGACGGGCAGUGGCAAUCUUGCUGCCGGAGGUCUUCUUGCUGUUGAAAAGCUGCAGGAAGCCGCGCCAAACCUGCGGAUCCUGCGAUUGGAUGCGACAGGAUCAAUGGCGUCUGCCGGUGUACGGCUGUCUGCUGAACCUGGGCAACCCGGCCCGGGGUUCCCACAGCUGCGAGUGUGUGAGCUGGGUCUGAGCCGUACCGACCAGAUCCUCAUGCUUCGGCCCAGUAGACGGUACGACUGCACCUGCGAGCUGCUUCGCCGGGUGGUGGGGGCCUCGCCGCUGCUGCACACGCUGGACGUGUCAGGCAACCUCAGCAUUGACGACCAGCUCCGCCUGGACCAGGUCAGGCGGGUGGCCGAGAUGCGGCUGGCUGAGUGCGGCCUCGACGUACCUUUCCCGUCAGCCACUGUGUUCUGCGGCGAUGCUGUCGCCAACGCUGCUUACGAGAGUUCGACAGGGGAAGCGGCUGCCGAGUGGUAUGCGGUAAUGAGGACCGCAAUCGCCGCAGAGACGGCGGCACUCUCCGUGGUCGUACACUGCGGCGGCGGCGAAGCCGCAGCUGUUCCGAACCCCCAAAAUGGCUUCACGCUACGUCGUCAGCUUCUGGGUUGUCUCGGUCUGGAGUUUCGUGCAUCGUUGGUCGGCCCGUUGCGAGUGCUGCGGGCGAGCCGGUCGCUGCUGGCGUCAGAUGCGGCCUUGCAUGCACUGGCGGCUCGCUUCGGCGGCACGCUGCAGCUGUUGGACGUCAGCGAGAGCCUCAAUGUCACGGAUGCAGGUCUGCUGCACAUCGCGAGGAGCUGUACGGCACUGACAUCCCUGGACGUGUCCGGCACGGCCAUCACCGACUUCGGUCUGCGGGUGCUGUUGGCCCUCCGAUACACUGGUCCGGGAUGCGCCGGGGCCCAGGACUCGGGACCCGCUUCCUCCGCCGAUACGGCUGCUCGCUCCUCCUACGUGGUCCUCCGUGCAUAA